UAUACAUACGGGCCCGUCAGUGAGAUCGACGACGAGAUACGGUUGCUUUGCCGAGGAGAUCCGGCCUUGAUAGACGGCCAAGUCAAGUAUACUCUUCACCACGUCUCACUACACGAGAAUUCGGAUUACGAGGCUCUUUCAUACACAUGGGCCGACAAGAAUGGCAAAAUCGAUAAAGAAAAACGGAUUCUUAUUGAUGAUUGCAUAGUGAAUGUCGGAUCGAAUCUUGCAGCUGCAUUAUCUCAACUCUUCAGCGGUGACGUGGAUAGAAAAUUGUGGGUUGAUGCACUAUGUAUCAACCAGACAAAUAUCACCGAGAGAAAUAUGCAAGUUAGCAAGAUGAGUAUGAUUUACAGCAAGGCCACGGCUGUUGCUUCGUGGCUUGGCUCAGAAUAUUCAAAUUCCGAGGGCAUUUAGAAUCCUUGAAUCGUUCAAAGAUAAAGGACUCGGUGCCACGCUCUAUCGAAGCGAGGGUCCCUGGGGUUUUGAUAUUAUUCCUUCUCCACCAGUCAAUCAGGAUAUACAUGCAAUUGUACAUUUGUUUAGGCGAGGAUACUGGGCAAGAUCAUGGAUAGUACAAGAGGUGUCGUUUGCGAAGAACAUCACAUUCUACUGUGGAACCAGUCGAAUGACCUGGGAUGAUAUGAAGGGGGUUUCCGACCAAUUUUUCAAAGAAAGCCCAGAUCUUCUUCGCUCCCUUACCAGUUCCAGUAUAGGACACGUAUUCUACGAUUUAUUUUCCUCGGGUCCAAACACGGUUGAUCACGAAAAUCACACUGAAGUGGAUGCGCCUACUGGAAGCAUACAUGAGGUUAUUACGCGUUACCGCACAAAGCCAGUCUUCGAUCCCCGAGAUAAAGUCUACAGCGUUCGGAGUUUAAUGGCUUUCGAAAAGCAAGAAUUGAUCCCUAUCGACUAUGAUCUAGAAGUUGAAACUCUUUUCAAAGCUGUUACAAUUCUCAUCGUUAGUAUAGAGAAAGACCUGAGCAUUCUUGCAGAAAACAAAACCUCUGUCGGCCAAGCCUUCUCUGUUACUGUCGGGGAAAAAGUAUCACAUAUACAUCCUUCCUGGGUACCCGAGUGGCUGGUUACAAAUAUUGAAGACAAGAUUCGAGUUGACAGAAUUGGUAUCGCACCAGGUAGAACCCCAGAGGCAUCGGGCGCUGGUAGUAUUGCUGACUGUACAAUUGAAAGAGGUUCGUUGCGUAAUUCUCUCUUUCGAUUGCUGUAUAUUGCUCCGAAAUCAUGCUCUUGGAUUACUCAAUGAUCUGGACUCUCAUCUCUACUGCUCCUACACCAGAGACAAACUCCUUAAAAUUUCAAAUAUACGUCUACAAAAGCCAAUCAUCGUUCAUAUGAAAUAGAGGACAUUCUGCACAUGAAGGCCAUUAACAUUGGAAAGAUCACACAAAUCGGUCCACUUAUGCAUGGCCGUGACGACGAUGAGGACGGGGAGAUUCAUUUCACAGCCAUGUUCGAUAUCCUCUACCAUUGGUGGUUAACCUGCCACUCCUUGACCAACAAAAACAUGUUUGGUGCGAAUGGUUUUAUGGAUCUACUCAAUUUUGGCCAGCAUGGGAAGCAGAUAGCAGCGUACCCGGAAUUGUGCGCAGAGCACGAAAAGAAAAUGGCUCGUUAUAUAAGUAUUCUACUGGCACUAUACAAACCGAAUGACGAUACUUACGAGCCAAAACUUGAUAUACCUUUAGCAUUAAUAUCUGAGGAGGAGAGACACAAGGCUGAGCUCUCAGCUUGGUUGGUGAUUCAGUGGUAUGGUAAGAGAAAAUUGAUUGUAUAUGGGGAUUCUAAUUUGGGGAUCGGGCCUCGAUGUGUCGAGGUUGGUGAUAUUAUAGUGGUGGCUCCAGGUUGUAAAGUUCCUGUGGUGCUGAGGGCAAGCGCUAAAGGGGACGGCAAUUUUGUCAAUAUUGGGGACUCCUAUGUUGAAGGCAUGAUGGAGGGACGGGCGAUUGCCGAUGUGGAAAACGGGAGCAGGAAGUUUGAAACAUUCAGUCUUGUAUAG